AUUUUCCUUCACAUGUUUUUGAAAACAACAGCACUAUUAUUAUCAUGAUGUGAUAUGAAGCUAUCGUGAGAUAUGUGAACAAUGUAGGGCGGAUAAGAAGACAUUUGUUUGGUCAAUGACCAGUGUGAAUUUUCUGUGCAUGCCAUCAACCUGUAAAUAGCAACAAUGUCGGGUUUCCUGGAACAUGAAGCUGAAGUGUCAGAGGGGGGGUCAUCCUCGGGAGAUGACUCUGAAUCAGAAAUCAAAGUUGUCAAAAAGAAGAAAGAGAAAAAGAAAUCAAGAGCUAGGAUAUCUGAUGAUGAAGAAGAUGAUGAAGAUUUGGAUGAUGAGCGAUUAAUUGCUGAAGAGAUGAAGGACUUCAUAAAUGAAGAUGUAGAAGAGGAAGGGGACGAGGAAAGUGGAGAUGAAGGUGACGGACAGGCCGGCAAACGUAAACAUGACUCUGAUGACCAGCUAGAUGACCAGCUUUCGGAUGAUGACUAUGAUUUGAUCGAAGAAAAUCUUGGUAUCAAGGUCAAAAGAAAGCAAAAGUUGAAGCGUAUCCGUGUGAUGUCUGAUGAAGACAGCGACAAGGAAGGAGAUGGUGAGGAGGAUGGAAAGCACAUGAUAGAAGACGAGCUGUUUGAGGGACGAGGGGAUGAUGAUGGGGAUGACAUGGAGGAAAGACGCUCAGUGGCUCCACGGGAGACUGAAGAAACAAACGAAUUUGGCAAUCUGGAUGAAGAAGAGGAGGAAGAAUCAGAUGUUGAUGACUUCAUUGUUGAUGAGGAAGGCAAACCAAUAAGUAAAGGCAAGAAGAAGAAACAUAUUAUUCACAGUGACUCAGCAUUACAGGCAGCCCAGGACAUAUUUGGUGUAGAUUUUGACUUUGAAGAGUUUGCUCAGUAUGGUGAGGAAGAGGAUGAAGAGGAUAUGGAAGAAGAAGUGUAUGAGGAGGAGGAUGAGAUUGAGGGAGAGGAUGGCGAAACCAGGAUCCGGGUCAAGAAACCUCGGAAGAAGGCCAGCAAGAAGAGCAUAUUUGAAGUGUUUGAGCCAAGUGAGCUCGAGCGAGGCCACUUCACAGAUACGGACAACCAGAUUCGAACUACAGACAUGCCAGAGAGAUUCCAGUUGCGGCAGAUCCCUGUCCGUCAGACAGAGGAGGGAGAGUUGGAGGAGGAGGCUGAGUGGAUCUAUAAGCAGGCCUUCACCACAAGGUGUACCUCCACACAGCCAUACCUAGACCAGGAACAGAGCAGUCAUCUUGGGGGCACUAACCGCCGGGGUCCCAACAUGAUUAACAAGAUCAGAGAUGCCAUCAAUUUCAUGAGAAACCAGAGGCUUGAGGUUCCAUUCAUUGCUUUCUACCGCAAAGAGUAUGUCGAGCCUGAGCUGAACAUAAACGAUCUGUGGAAAGUAUGGCACUAUGAUGAGAAGUGGACACAGUUAGUCACCAGGAAAAAGAACUUGAUGCGUCUAUUUGAGAAAAUGCAGAACUAUCAGUUUGAAGAAAAUUCUGAUCCUGAGAAACUCCUGGAGUCUAGCGUGCGGCCAUUGACAGAUGACGACAUUGACAGAGUGAAGAAUGUCCAGACAAUGGAGGAGCUGAGGGAUGUUUACCAACACUUCAGUCUCUACUACGGACAUGAUAUAGUGAAAAUGCGCAAUGCAGAGAAGCGCAAGCAGAAUGAGGAGAAUGCUGCAGAGCGAGGAGAACAGGACCCUGAGGAAGCUCCGCCAGAAAUGAUCAAACAAGCCAGUCGCAAGAGUGGCUACUCCAUAUGCCAAGAUGCCAAGCUAGGUGACCUUGCCAGUCACUUUGGCCUGACUCCAGAACAGUUCGGGGAGAAUUUACGAGACAAUUAUCAGCGUCAUGAAGUUGACCAAUGUCCAAUAGAACCAUCCGAGAUGGCCAAGGAUUAUGUUUGUAGUCAAUUUGCCACGGAGGAAGAUGUAUUGAUGGGGGCUCGCCACAUGGUUGCCAUGCAGAUUGCACAUGAUCCACUGGUGAGACAGAGUGUUCGACAGACAUACAGUGAGAGAGCCAAGCUUAUUGUUGUGCCAUCAAAGAAAGGAAUGAAGGAAAUUGAUGAGGGACACAGUUGCUACACUCUGAAGUAUGUUCGCAAUAAGCCAGUGAAGGACCUCCGAGAUGAACAGUUCCUGCGACUUACUCAGGCGGAGGAGGAAGGGCUGCUGACAUUGUCUAUUUCCAUUGAUGAGGAGGGCAGCAGUGUCAGUACAUACUUUGAAGAAGUCCGCCAGCUCUAUUACAAAGAUGAGUUCAGCCACUUGGUUCAGCAGUGGAACAUCCAGAGGAGUGAAGCCCUGAAACGUGCCCUCACCAAGAUCCUGUACCCACAGAUGGAGAAGGAACUGAGGACCAAGCUUCUCGCCGAGUCCAAGGAUGGUAUUGUCAAGGCCUGUAGUCGCAAGCUGUACAACUGGCUGAAGGUGGCUCCCUACCAGGUGGACCAACAACUAGAGGACGACUAUGACUAUGAUGACAACCAUGGGGUCAAGGUCCUCGGGGUGGCAUUCAGUACUGACAGGGACAGUACAGCAUUUGGUGCACUGAUUGAUGGAGAUGGUGAGGUGACCGACUUCAUCAGACUGGAGCACAUUUUGAAACGUCGCAAUGCCUGGCGCCAGAUGGACAGAGAUGCCAAGGAGAGUGAGAUGGAGAAGCUGAAAGACUUUAUUUCUACCAAGAAGCCCCAUGUGGUAGCUGUCACCGCAGAGUCCAGGGAUGCUCUGCGGGUAAUUGAGGACAUCAAGCAGCUGAUUGGUGACCUGGAACAGGAGGAGCAGAUGGCCCCCAUCAGUGUGGAGCUCAUGGACAACGAGCUGGCUAUGGUGUACGAGGCCAGCAACAAGUCACAGGCAGAGUUCCGCGAGUACCCCCCUGUUUUGAGGCACGCAGUGUCAGUUGCACGCCGACUUCAAGAUCCUCUUGUGGAGUUUGCCCAGCUGUGUAAUGCAGACGAGGACAUCCUCUGCUUGAAGUAUCACCCACAACAGGAUUCUGUAUCAAAAGAAGAUCUUCUGAAUUCUCUGUACCUGGAGUUUGUCAACAGAGUGAAUGAAGUGGGUGUGGAUGUGAAUGAGGCCAUCACUCACGCGCACACAUCAUCUUUAGUACAGUUCAUCUGCGGACUUGGUCCAAGGAAGGGCAGUAAUCUCCUCAAGGUUCUGAAGCAGAACAACCAGAGGCUGGAGAACCGCACCCAGCUUGUGUCCCUGUGCAGCAUGGGACCGAAGGUCUUCAUCAACUGUGCUGGCUUCAUUAAGAUUGACACGAACAGCCUAGGAGACAGUACUGACAACUAUGUGGAUGUACUGGAUGCAUCUCGAGUUCAUCCAGAGGCAUACGAGUGGGCACGGAAGAUGGCAGUAGAUGCCCUGGAGUAUGAUGACACGGCUGAGGAUGCCAACCCAGCUGGUGCCCUAGAGGAGAUCCUGGAGAGCCCCGAGAGACUCAAGGACUUGGAUCUGGAUGCUUUUGCUGAAGAGUUGGAGAGACAGGGUUAUGGUGACAAACACAUUACACUGUAUGACAUCCGAGCGGAAUUGAAUCAACGCUACAAGGACCUGCGAACUCCAUACAGAUCACCCACAAAUGAAGAGAGAUUCAACAUGAUCACUAAAGAAACACCAGAAACAUUCUAUGUUGGUAAACUGGUGAUGUGCACAGUGACGGGGAUUGCCCAUAAGCGCCCACAAGGUGACCAGUUGGAUCAGGCCAACCCUGUCAGGAAUGACGAGUCAGGACUAUGGCAGUGCCCAUUCUGUCAGAAGGAUGACUUCCCAGAAUUGAGUGAGGUUUGGAGUCACUUUGAUGCUGGGAACUGUCCAGGGGCGGCAGUUGGUGUGAAGACUCGCUUGGACAACUCUGUGACAGGCUUCAUCCCUACAAAGAUGAUCAGUGACAAGCAAGUGAAAAACCCAGAGGAGAGAGUACAGGUUGGGAUGACAAUACACACUCGUAUCACAAAGAUUGACAUCGACAGGUUCCAGGUGGACAUGACCUGCAAGUCCUCAGAUCUUCACGACAAGGAAGGCACUUGGAAACCUCAGCGGGAUGUGUACUACGACUGCGAUGUGGAGAAGAAGGACAUUGAGAAGGAGCAGGAGAAGAAGAAACAACAGGCCAGACAGACCUACAUAAAGCGUGUGAUAGUUCACCCAUCUUUCCACAAUAUUGGGUACAAGGAGUGUGAGAAGCUGAUGGUCAACAUGGACCAAGGGGAUGUCAUCAUCAGGCCAAGCAGCAAGGGAGCCAACCACUUGACUUGCACGUGGAAGGUUGCAGACGACAUCAUGCAACACAUUGACAUUCGUGAGGAGGGCAAGGAGAAUGACUUCAGCUUGGGGCGCUCACUGUGGAUAGCACAGGAGGAAUUUGAGGAUCUGGAUGAAAUCAUUGCAAGACAUAUUCAACCUAUGGCAGCAUAUGUGCGAGAUAUUGUGGGCUUCAAGUACUACCGUGAUGCUGAAGGUGGCAAGCGAGAGAUCCUUGACAAGUUACUUAUUGAAGAGAAGAAAAAGGCUCCAUCCAGAAUUCCGUACUACUUCAGUGUGUCGAAGCAGUACCCUGGUAAGUUCCUGCUGUCCUACCUUCCCAGGACCAAACCCCGUCAUGAGUACUUCUCAGUGACAGCAGAGGGUCUCAAGUACCGCACACAAAUAUUCCAUUCCAUCAACUCUCUCAUCCGCUGGUUCAAGGAACACUUCAGAGACCCCAUUCCAGGCACCCCAGCCAGUUCACGCACCCCGAUGGUGUCUUCAGCCUACCCUACGCCCAGCAUCAACCUUCAGAAUGUGGAUCCCGCCACUAUCCAGCGAGCAGCAGCUGUCCUCCCCAACAACAUCUACAACACACUGGCACAGGUAGCCAAUGCUACACCGCAACAAUUUGGGGCAAACCGCAACUUCGCCGGUGCAUACAGUGGUGGAUUUGGUUACCAGCAACCAACACCGCUGGGCAUGACUCCACUUGUAACCCCCUCCUACCAUGGCCAGAUAGCCACUACUCCAGGAGGGCAGCCCAUCAACACACCUUCCUACAACCCUACACCACGCACUGCCUGGCCACCCACUACACCCAGGACUCCUGCACGUACACCCCAACACAGAACCACACCCGGCCAGACAACGCAGCGGAUGACGCCACGGCCCACACCCUCCACCCCUGCUGCCACUGAUUGGGCCAAGGCAGCCGAGAUGUGGGCAAAGAGGAAGCAGGAUUCCCGCAAGCCGACAACACCUCGCUCUCAUAGUUCUCCCCGUGUGCGACCCUCACCUAGUCCCAUGCUGGACAGUAGUCCAGAUGGCGGAGAUGCCACUCCCCUCAUCGAUGAGCGCUGAACACCAAGAAAAUGACAGGAGCAGUGCUUUUGUUCUGCCAGCUUGAGAGAUCAUCUCUCAGCUGGAAGUGGAUAUGACCAGGUGCCUCAUCUACAGCAAGUGAACAUCCAGGUGGUGUCUUGCCUCAGCAUGUGUAUGUAGAAGCUGUUGGGAAGAGUGUGUGCCUGGUCCUGUACAUACAGCGGACAGCUCCCAAGUGCUGCUUAUAUGUUGACUAUUGCUGGAUACCAUCAUACAUUACAAAUGGUGGGCUGCUAAGGGGCAAGGAAGGUCUUCAUCCUUUUGUUCAGAGUAAGAUGUAUGUAAUGUGUAGAUUGGUUGAAUCUGUACAAAUAUACUUACAAUAAUGGAACAAGCCAAAACAUGUCAAUUGCAUUGUCAUGUUUUAUGUGUCACAGGAUGUCUUCAUUUGUAUUUAUUGAUUUGAUACUUUUUCCUAAUGUAUUAAUGAUCUUACAGGUAUUUCUCUGGGGGAGAAUCAUGAAACAGUUUGAUACAGUGUGGCAGAGAUGUUUGCCUGUGUAAAUAAACACAGCUGUAAGUGAAUCAUGUCUCCUCUACAUUUUAAAAGCAUUUGUUGUACAAGAUUAUAUAACAUUGAGGUAUUGCUGAUAUGUGCAUGUAUAACAAAGGGAGCAUGCCUGGCACCAGAGAAGGUAUGCACAUUAUUUGUAGGGGAACUUUCUAGUUCAGUUUGGGACUUUUGAAAAGGACAACAUUUCCUGUGACCUAUGACAGAAUCAUUUGACAUACUUGCCUGUGUUUCUCAUUUCUGAUGCUCCAUUUGUCAUUGAGGACAGUUACAUUGUAUAAAGCAUAUCUUUACACAGAAAUAAAAUCUUCUCAACAGUG